AGCCCUGGAGACCCCCAGCUCCUGGCUGUGGGUGGAAUAGGCUGAGCGGGGCCAGGUUGGGCUGGAGAGGCACAAUGCAAACCCACGCCCCACCAUCAGCCCUGUGUCUGCCGGGAUGGAGCCUCCGUUGGACUGAAGGACCUGGCUGAUUAUAGCCGUCGGGGUGAACCUGGGCAGCCCUGGUGAUCUCCAUGGACUUCACUGGGCUCACACCUGGGACGGGCUUUGCCCUGUGCGUUGCGCUUCUCCAGGACAGGAGCCAGACGUCCUGCGAUAGCCAGGCCUACUGCAGGGGGUGCUGUGCAGCUUAGGCCUUGCCCGGGUCUGCCUGGGCCUUGGCAUCUCUUCCAGCCCUGGAUCCAGUCGCUGAGUGGCGCCUGCCCGUUGUGGGGUCCGGCCGUUGAGUGGCGCCUGCCCAUUGUUGUGAGCUUGGGACGGGGAUGAGAAGGAGCAGCCGCCCGGCUGUUCACCCACUGGGGUGAACUGCGAUUGAACCUUGUUCUGUUCCAGGCUCCCUCCCCUCAAGGGAACCCCUCUGCCAGGGGAAGGCACCAGUGCCUGUAGGGCCCGGUGGGGCCGGAGCUGGCGCUUGGUAGGGUGGUGUGUGCAAAGCCUGCUGUGGGGCAAGGCUUAGCAGAUCCAAAAUGGGCUGGCUUCCGAGCGGAGAGAGAACAGCAAACUCGCUGCACUUGUGUCCUCAGGCACUCGCGUCUCCACCGGUGCCUCCGUCUGCCCCUCGCAGCCUGCAGGGUGACGGGGAAGCGUACCUGCGUUUUCGUAGAGCCGGACUUGGCUCCAACUCUCCUUGGCAGGCAGGACUGGAAGGACUUGUCCCUUUUCAUACGAAUGGCAAAGUCUCCUCUAAUCCUCCUCAGGGUGUAAUAAACCCAAAAGGGGUAGGUGCCAGCAGCUCAUGUUGUAUCUCUUCAUCUCUUCUCUGCGCACGUAAUAAACGUUGCUAGUCGCCUGCGUCCCUCUGAUGAUUCAGCGGGGGAAGUUGCUGUUUUGAUUUCAGGAUGCAGCCCAGCUGGAGGGAGAUAGUCAACAAGAAGCUGAAAUUCCCUGCCGAGCUCCUCGACGCCAUCCAGGAGGGGGACCUGCCGUGGGUGCAGCAUCUGCUGGAGGCGAGCGACGGGAUCCCGCGGCAGCAGGCCGAGGGCGAGGACCGCGCGUGGCGGGAAGCCCUCAACCUGGCCAUCCGCACGGGCGGCGGGGAGGUCACCAGGGCCCUGCUGCGCCACGUCAGGUUCGACUUCCGCCAGAUCCACGAGGCCCUGCUGGUCGCCGUGGACGCCAACCGGCCCCAGGGGGUGAAGAUGCUGCUGGAGCGGCUGGGCCACAUCAAGUCCUUCUCCCUGGCCUUCUUCGACCACUCCAUCGACCACUCCCGCUUCGCCCCCGGCGUGACGCCGCUCACCCUGGCCUGCGAGAAGGACCUCUACGAGAUCGUGGACAUGCUGAUACGGAAAGGCCACACCAUCCCCCGGCCCCACAAGGUCUCCUGCACCUGCCCGGAGUGCAGCAACGGCCGCAGGUACGACCUGCUCAAGUUCUCCCUCUCCCGCAUCAACACCUACAAGGGCAUUGCCAGCCGGGCCUACUUCUCCAUCGCCAGCGAGGACGCCAUGCUGACCGCCUUCAAGCUGAGCCGAGAGCUGCAGCGCCUCUCCUGCAAGGAGCCCGAGUUCAAGCCCGAGUACCUCAGCCUGGAGCUGCUGAGCCAGGAGUUUGCGGUGGAGCUGCUGGGGAUGUGCCGGAACCAGAGCGAGGUGAUGGCUGUGCUGAACGACCUGGGGGAGGGCGAGGAGGAGGAGCUGGACAGCCAGGCCUUUGAGGAGGGCAUCCCCAACCUCGCCCGGCUCCGGCUGGCCGUCAACUACAACCAGAAGAGGUUUGUUGCCCAUCCCAUCUGCCAGCAAGUGCUGUCCUCCAUCUGGUGCGGGAGCCUGUCGGGCUGGCGCGGCAGCAACACCCUCUGGAAAUUCUUUGUCUCUUGUUCCAUCUUCCUGACCAUGCCCCUCCUGUCCCUGCUCUACUGGAUGGCCCCCAAGUCGCGGGCUGGCAAAAUGCUGAAGAUCCCAGUGAUCAAAUUCCUGCUCCACUCGGCCUCCUACCUCUGGUUCCUCGUCUUCCUGCUGGCGGAGUCCAUGGUCCUGCAGCAAAGGCCCGAGGUCUUCCUGGGCCGCAACCAGAGCGUGUGGGAGAGCUCCCUGCACAUGGUCUGGGUGGCGGGCUUCUUCUGGUACGAGUGCAAGGAGGUGUGGAUCGAGGGGCUGCGCAGCUACCUCCUGGACGGCUGGAACUGCCUGGACAUCGUCAUCCUCAGCUUGUACCUGGCCUCCUUCGCGCUGCGGGUGCUGGUCGCUGGGCGGGGCUAUCUGCACUGCCGGGACCCUUCCUCGCCGGAGUGCCACUACUUCACCAGAGCCGCACGGCAUGAGUGGCACCCCGAAGACCCCCAGUUUGUUGCCGAGGUGCUGUUUGCGGUGACCAGCAUGCUGAGUUUCACCCGCCUGGCCUACAUCCUCCCCGCCCACGAGUCCCUGGGCACCCUGCAGAUCUCCAUCGGGAAGAUGAUCGACGACAUGAUCCGGUUCAUCUUCAUCCUCAUGAUCGUUCUCACGGCGUUCCUGUGCGGACUCAACAACACCUACGUUUACUACCAGGAGGCCCAGCGGCUGGGGAGUUUCAACGAGACGUUCCCCUUCCUGUUCUGGACCAUGUUCGGGAUGGAGGAGCACCAGGUGGUGGACAUGCCCCAGUACAUCCUGGCAGAGUUUGUGGGGCGGGGGCUCUACGGGAUCUUCACCAUCAUCAUGGUCAUCGUCCUGCUCAACAUGCUUAUCGCCAUGAUCACCAACUCCUUCCAGAAGAUUGAGGAUGAUGCCGACGUGGAGUGGAAGUUUGCCCGCUCCAAGCUCUACCUAUCUUACUUCAGGGAGGGCCUGACGCUGCCGGUACCAUUUAACAUUGUUCCCACGCCGAAGUCCCUCUUCUAUGCAGUCAGGGGCCUCUUCCGGCUCCUGUGCUGCUCCAGACCCAAGAGACAACAGGAUUUCCCCCCGAUUCCCACCAUUGCGAAUGCUGCCCUGGAGGAUGAAGGCCUGCGUGGGGAGAGCUGCCGUUCCUAUCGGCUGCAGGGGAUCCAGGCUCUGGUGCAGCGCUACAUCGACACGGCCAGGCGGGAGUUCGAGGAGAGCAGGAGGAAAGACCUGGGGAACCGUAUCACGGAGCUGAACCAGUCGGUGUCGCACCUGCAUUCGGAGGUGAAACAGCUGCAUCCCAGCCUGUCUGCCCACCCUGUCCCUGCCAGCCCUCUGGACGAGGCCAGCGUGCUGCACAGAUACAUCCUGCGGGUCCGGGACAGCUUCCAGAACUUCAGCCACGCCUCGGGCAGCUCCGGCCUGGCCUCCCCCGCCCACGUCAUGGUGCACCAGGACGAGGCUGCUGGGAGCGACCCCCUGCCCUGCCUCCCGGAGCUCUCCCUUGGCACCCAGGGCGAGAUGUCUGGGGACGGUGCCGGGCUGGAGAGCCAGGCAGGAGAGGCCGGGUACCCGAGCUCCCUUCCAGCAGAGGGAGCCCACACCAGCCUCAGCCCUUAGUGGCUCAGGGCCGCGUUUCCAUGGCGACCCAAUGCCAAGCCAUGCUAGCAGCCGAAAGGUCCCUUGCGGGAGCUGUGUGUCUCUCCCACGCAGGGCAUGGGGUGAGGAGGUUUGGAGCAUGGCUGAGCGCCUGGUCAUGCUCUCUCUCCUCCAGGCAGCUGCUUUGAGAGAGAGCAGGGUCUGAUUAGUAGACGUCCCUGCCCAAUCAUCAGGCAGAUGGGGCUAAGCUCCAGCUGGGUUUCUUUCUCUUUGAUUCAAUGUUCAUGUAAAAUCCUUGGUCGUUACAAACCGGGCCCCAGCAACUUAAAUAGAAAACCCUGGAAAAAACACCACGUGGAAUGGAAGUUUGCUGAAUGGGCUGUGCCCACCACGAACAGGCAGCCACCUCUGGGGUGCAUCAAGGCAGCUGACAGCGAUUGUCCCAAUGGCACAGGACUAGCACGAGGCACUGCUGGGCUGGGGAUCCUGCCGCUGGGCCAGGCUGGGAGUGCGGCAGGUGCUUAGAGGGAGGGUUGGCUUGUCCUGGAGCGGGACAAACAGCCUGCUGUGUGUGCUGUGUGCAGCCAUCGUAUUGACUGUCCCAUGGAUCUGUGUGGGAGGGGGUUCCUAGAGACACCGAGGCCAGGCCCUGCCUUCCUGGCCUGCCAGCUGAGCUCUGGCACAGAGCCUGCUAGGUGCUAUUCUGCGGUCCGGAUGCCACCAGUUAGUCAAUGCAGGUUGCAGCAGCUUUAAAGCGUGGUUCUGCUGUGCCGUAUAACUGGCCCCGUGUGCAUUUGGGGAGGGGGGAGCGAUAGGGUUGCCAGAUGUUCUCCCAAAAAAUACC